AUCGCUAUCGCAGGCGCAACAUCAGGUAUCGGUCUCGCGUUCCGGCAACAACUCGACGAGCAAAACUCUCACGAAUACAUCAUCUUGGUUCGGAAACCACUUGAUCAUGACCCAAAAGCUGUUAUAGUCGACUACAGUUCAACGGCUGCACUAGCAGAUACUUUGCGCACAUAUGCCAUACACACGGUCAUCUCUGCUCUUUCAAUCAGCGACGAAGCAAGUGGUGUAGCACAGCUGAGACUCAUCGAAGCCGCGAGCCAGUCCAAAUGCGUGCAGCGCUUUCUACCCAGCGAAUUCGGUGCUGAUUACCAUGAAGGGAUCUUGGAUUACAUGCCCAGCUACGGCUUCAAGUUCAAAGCGCGCAAUUUACUCGCCGAACUUGAAAUGGAGUACAGCAUCGUGUCCAUCGGCCUUUUUCUCGACUACUACUGUCCGCCAUCGAUUCCAUCAGCUCUGGAUCCUAACAAAGGUGCGGCUAUGUUCAUUGAUCUGCAGCACAGAUUUGCUGCGGUCCCUGGGGACGGUAGCCAACCAAUUGUGCUUACCCAUAGCACUGAUGCGGCCCGUUUUGUCGUGGCAAUGCUCGACCUCCCAUCAUGGUCUCGAGAUUCUUUCUUCGCUGGCGAACGUACAUCUUUGGUCGAAUUCCUGCAAUGUGCAGAGAAAAUCCUAGACGUAAAGUUCGAGGUUCAUUACGAUGACCACGAGAAGAUUGAAGCGGGCAAUAUAACAUUGACUCCUAAUCUGGCGGAGCGGUUUCCCGCUGCUUAUGCGAAGGGCAUGGUGAAAGGACUUGCACUCGAGUAUUUGCGAGGACGUUCAAGUCUCCCGUACGAAAAAUGUAGGAAUGAGAUUCUUCCUGAUGGAAAGUGGCUCGAAAUUCAACAGGUGCUGCAUGCGUGGAAG